AGUAGAUCGUAACGCCCGCGCGCGCGGUGCACACCGAGAUGACGGCGCAGCGCAGCUCUACAAAACGAUCAGCUGGCACUGAUUCCCGCCAGUAUGCUCUUGAAUCCGGUUUAAGACGAUCCGGCACCUCGAAAGGCUCCUCGGUGCAACGCGCGUCGUUCGGCUGCGCUCGACGAGAUGUCAAUCCCGUCACUUCUCGUGCCCAUGCUUUGUUACGUGUACAUUUUCCGAAGAGGGGACACCGUACUGCACCUGACUCUACUUCCUACCGGCACGUGUUUCUAUUGCUGUCCCAUCCAGUUGAAUCGAGACGUCCAAUUUCAAUUGUACACCAGGAGGAAUCCAACGUAUCCGACUUUACUGGAUCCAAACGAUGUCACGACAUUGCGGAGCAGCAACUUCAACGUUAAACACCCGACCGUCGUGUAUGUCCACGGAUACAGCGACAGCGCAGACGGAACGGGUCCGACUACUGUGCGAAACGCCUAUCUUCGUCGUGGGUCCUACAACGUGAUACUGGUGAACUGGCCCAGACUGGCGGUUUUACCGUGGUACGUUACGGCGGUAAGAAAUGCCAAAGUCGUCGGACCUUACUUAGCCCACAUGAUGAGCUGGCUCGACGCGCAGAAAGCUGUUCCUUUAUCCAAAAUUCAUGUGAUCGGCUUCAGCUUGGGUGCGGAAGUUGCCGGCUUCAUGGGAAAGGCUCUGGCGCCUCGGAAGAUAAGCAGGAUCACCGGACUGGACCCGGCUUAUCCGCUGUACAUGGAUACCGGGGAGGACGGUCACCUAACAUGGGCCGACGCGACCUUUGUCGACGUUAUUCACACCGACGGCGGCCAUUUCGGAUUUCCCAAUUCGCUCGGCCACGUCGACUUUUACCCAAACGGCGGCAGCAGGCGACAGCCCGGCUGCGAUUUGAGGAGCAUCGUUCGCAUGGGCUUCAGAAGACUCAUAAAUCAAUACAUCACUUGCGGCCACAAUCGAGCCUGGCGUUACUACACGGAGUCAUUGGAAAAUCCUUACGGAUUUCCGGCGAGUCGCUGCCCGAAAUGGCGAACUGAUAUUCUGGCGAACUGCGUGUGGAAGCCUGAGGUUUACAUGGGUUUCAUGGCUAGCCCCACGUAUCGAGGAAAGUACUACCUGCGCACAAACGCACGGCCACCGUUCGCCACGAACGUAACAGGCCACAAAUUCGCGAAAUGAGAAUCGACACACGGCAAUUUCGAUUUGGAUGAACCAGAUUGAGAAGCGAGAGAAGAAUGCCCUCCGCGCGACAAUCACUUCCGCACGAAGAUCCCAGUCUCGGGCGAAGAAGUUCGACCGAGGAGCGAAUGUCGAAGCGUUCUUACGGUGUAUCGCGCGGUAAAUGCGCUCGCGCAAAACGAAAAUGGUUUGCAUCUUUGUUGCUUUCAGUAUUCUCUGCGAACCAGUCCGUGGCUCAAUUAGUUCUCCCGCUUUCUCCGGAGCACCGUUAAAGUGACAACGUCCGUGUAUUUUUCUCUUAAUACUAGUAGAUGAACAACGCACGCACGACGGAACGUACGUCGUGUGCUCGAGAAUUGCCAUGAGAGCGAUCGGUUCCGAGAGAAAAUCCGUGGUCAUAAUUCCGAUUUAAUUCUGCGCGUUCUUAGGUCUCAGAGGAGCUUUUCUUUCAUCGAUUCUUCAAGUUAGACGGUACUCUCCCAGUGUUAGCGCGCGGAACCAAGACUGCGACUCGGAUUUGAUAUUUAGAGAUUCUAUAUGGAUCCGCGUCAAGUUUCGCGAUACCUAAUGUGGAGUGAAAUUUUGACUCGCGAAGCAACUCGUGCCGCGUUUAAUGUCGGGUAUAAGCUACGAUUUUGUGCUAGAUUGUAGCGGUGCAUUGUUCAUGACACUUGUCACUCCGACUUUCCUUUGAAUUGUUAACGAUAGAUGAAUGAUGAUCGCACAUAGCACGAUCGCAUUCGUGCGUUCAUGACAAGAAUAUAUAAUACAUGGCCGAGAUGUAUUUUGUUCCGCGAUGAUGCAACGCGAUAUUUCGAUGUUGUUGCACAAAAACUGAUAUGUUUGAUGAGGAACUUGGAUUUACAAGAAUAUCGACGAUGAGAAUUUAACGAUAGUCGACUCGACGAUUGUCGAGUGUUGUGUGCCCUUGCGUAUCUUUUACAAACACGAGUACGCAAUGCCCUUAAGUUAAAAAUAAAUCUAUUAAUUGACUUUACUAGGACCUUUUUUACGAUGGUCGCAAACGACAUGAGCGACAGAGAGCAAAAGCCAAUAAAAAAUGUAAAUUACAAUGACAGGGGAUUAAGAAGGCUAAUAAUCAGAGAGACAGCCGGCAGUUUUCGUGCUGUUUUUCCAUACGCUCCUUUGAGAUAUGUAAAUCUCAAGGCCAAUAUGUUCUAUCUAUUUCUCAUUUUGCGCAAUCGAUGAAGCAGCCUCGAGAGCGAUGCGUCUUCCGAAGCACGAAAGUACGUGCUUAUGUUAAAAAUUACGAGUGGCAGAUUGAGGGAACGCAGAGGAAGGGAGAACUAUGGCGUGCGCCGCUGAGCCGGAAAUAUUUAUAAGGGGAGGAGGGGCCGCCGAUUCCUAUUCUACUUUUGUAUUGGUUUUAUUCCGUCAUCGUCGUCGCUCAACGAUUCGCGAUAAACCUCCGUUACGCGGUUUUUAGUGUCGUGAAAAGUACAAAAUUGCCUUGAAAGGUAUUAAAUUAGCGCACCGCCAGUUUAUCCCCGGCAUAACAUUUAGAAAUAUCCUUCGUUUCUCGCAGGCUUUGUCUCCAGCGGGAAAUUCAGCUUGGCGAAACUCGCGCAGCUCCGUGAAACUUGACGGUCGAACUUGAGUCCUUAGGCGGCCAAAUUGCACGUUUCCGAUGAAGAAAUUUCGUCUGCUGUUUUUAACGCUCAUUAGACCGCCGGCAACUUUCGCCACCCUCCUCUCUAGCGUAACUUUCACCAACCAUCUCGCGAAAGACUUCUCGGACUAAUGGAGAA